CAAGAGUUUACAGGUAGUAUACUGCUGUGCAAAUUUACCUGUGAUUUGAAUACAAUGCUACAUAUGUAAUUAUAUUGCAAACUGGUCUUACAUUGAUAUCAAAGACUUUGUAAAUAAUGAUUUUCGAACAAGAGGUUGUCAUUUACUAAGCUCGCCAUAACUAAUAUAUGGCUAAGUAAGCGUAUAUUGUAGCAACACAGCACACACGAUGUUGCAACACUUCAACCCACGCGACCAAUUCAAGUUUCUUUGGGCAGCGAUAGUACUCCUCUGUACAUUCACGACGGUCAUGUAUAGUGGGAAAGGGGUGCGCACAAUACCUAGCGAGAACACCGUAACCACAAUAGAUGUGGUAACAACAGACACGGCCUGUGCUGAGCACAAGCACAACGCACUGACAGACACAAAGAAGUACAGGCAACUCGUCACCCAAUCCACCAGUGCACGUGUAUGUCCCUGUUGCGGAUGGGAAGGGGCACUGUAUGGAAACUUUGGACUGUCACACUUUGACGAUAGGCAAUGCCCACGCUGUCAGGCAUUAGAGCGACAUCGAACGAUGUGCGCCAUGGCGGCUCGUCGAAAGGACUUGUUCCAACCUAAAACAUCAAAGAUCAGUAGAGUGUUAUACUUUGGCGGGUACCGCAAUUCGAGAUCGAAGGCUGUUUGUCGAUUUGAUUGCCGUCGUAGAUAUCUCUAUUUUUGAUUUUUAAAAUCAUUUUGGGAGUUUGUUUACGCUGCGAUUUCAAAUAUACAGUGAGUGAUUUUUUUCGAGGCUUAUACUCUGUUGUAGUUGUGUAUAUUCAGCUCACUCUUGAAUAUGACCUUAAAUCUUAGGUGAUAUCGAAGUAUUUAGUUGUAUAUAACUCGUGAAGAAUGAUAAAACAAACAGGCGGUAAAAUAGAUGCCCAUUGAAGUUAGAUACAAAUUGCGAGACAUACAAACGUAAGCGUGGAAGGACAUUUAGAAAAGGUGAUGAUGCACAAAAAUAUUUGCACAGCUAACCUGUCUGUUUUGUAUCGUAAAUGUACAAGAUUGCCGAAGCAGUAACACACAAUAAAUACCUUUUUUAGGAGGUUUUAUCGUAAAUGUACUAGAUUGUCGAAAUAGUAACACACAAAAAUACCUUGUCCUAUCAGCCGCCCCAUCAAAGGGAAUAGGUACUAAAGAGACAUAGUCAUCGUCACAUCCACAUCUAACACCCUCUACACAGCAGCAUACAUAUAUACACACAACACAAGCUCGUUUGUCAGUUCUAAAAUUCUUUUAUCUCAUCGACACAUGCACGGUAAGUUCUUUAAAAGUUUGCUAGAGUCUGUCGUUGAGGAUAGCCAUACCGAUGGACUCACGACUACUUCCGGUACAAAUUGUAAAACGCAAACCGUUUUUAAUGCAUCGGUAGAAUCUGCCUUCGCUAACCGACACAUAACAGAUUCCUGGGUUGAACACAUAUCCUAAGUGCCCGUUCAAUACUAAGCUUCGUAUAGUAUACUGGUAGACCCCCCACUACAACAAAUGCGUCUCUGUGACUGUUCCCUAACACAUUUGGUGUCAACUUUCUUUCGCAUCUGCAGGAUAAGAUUAUUGCCGGAGGAGAGGUACUCUAUGUAGACUUAGACGAUCUGCGUAUCCCCAACGGCUUUGCACACGGCGUGAUCAUACUACACGUGCUCGAACACAUCGCCAACCAAGAGAGGGCCCUAACCAACCUCUACAACGUGCUGCACCCCAGAGGGUGGUUGUACUACAAGGUGCGUAGGGGUUGGAGAAGCACAAGGACUGUACACACGCCAAGAGCGAUCAGGAGAGACACAACUGUUCGGGUCAGAGGGACCAUAUGUAUCUGCUGAGCUGCUCACAGUUUGAACAACAGAUGGCGGCCGCUGGCUUCCGUUGUGAGGGCCUGACUGAAAGUUUGGACUUGACCGAUGACGAGAGGACAAAGAUAGUGCCUUUGGGAUACGAGUUUUUCAAACCGUACCUUUCAUGCCGAUGCUUUGCUUCAAGUAGAACUCAUCGAAGAGUCAGAAUGUCAAGAACACUUUGGUAUCGAAGCUCAAUACGGAACAUGGACUAUAUUGUAUGGAAGUUCGAUACCAACACACGAAUCAUACUCAGCAAGGUGUUGGUUGUCAAAAAAUAUGACCUGGGAACUAUGUGAGAAAACUGCAAUGUAUGGCGUCAAUUGGAACGGACUUCAUCUUUCGCACCCAAGAUUUAGUCAUCAUACACAAUCUUUAGCAGCACAAAAUAAUAUAUCAUACGUAUAGUAUACUCUUUUGGAGAGCGUUUCUCAGUCAGCC